UUUUCUAGAUUUAAUACAAACUAAAAUAUAUAAAUGGGCAAGACCAUUUACCAAAAAUCUUGGAAAAGUAGAUUCAAAUGGGUGACAGGUGUUAACAACAGUUUAAGUUUAGUUCAUUGCAUUUGUUGUAAGACAUCUUUCAGUAUAUCUGCCAGUGACAUUAGUCAACUUGUGAAGCACAAUAAAGGUAAAAAACAUGUCAGAAAACAUCCUUGUAAAAUAUCAAACAACCAAAAGCAGUUCAAUGAAUCAGUUAGACUUUCAAAUGUUAGAUGUUCGAAUGUCCGUGUAGAUGAUUAGAUCUCUCAUGCAAAAAUUAUGCAAGCUUUACAUGUUGUCAAUUGUAAUUAUAUUUUCAAGUCAACAGAAAAUGAUAACACAAGGUUUACGUCUAUGUUUCCUGAUUCUGUUGUGGCAAAGCGUUACAAGCAAGGUGAAUAAAAAAUUAAAUAUCAAAUACAAUUUGGAAUUGCCCCUUAUGUUAAAAGUAUGUUAAAAUCUGAUAUUAAAAAAACUACAUUUACUUUUAAGUUUGAUGAGACAACAACUAAGCAAGUAAAAAAACAGUAUGAUGGAUAUCUCCAGUAUUGGUCAGACAAAAAAGGAGAAAUUGUAACGUCAUAUUGUGGUUCUCUGUUUAUUGGUCAUUGUGACCACAACCAACUAGUUGAUCAUUAUUUUAAAUUUAAAACUGACUUGGAGUUGGAUUCUGCAUAUCUUUUACAUGUUGGGAUGGAUGGGCCAAAUGUUAACAAAGCCUUUGAAAUGAAGUUAUCACUGGAUUUGAAGAAAAAGUCUGAAAAUAUUUUUAUUGAGCUCAGUACAUGUAACCUUCAUAAAGUCCAUACUGCUUUUAGAAAAGGCAUUAAAAAGCUUUCUUUUGAUUUAGAUGAACUUUUUAUUGAUAUUCACUUUUUUUUUAAGUUGUCUAGUGCCAGAUGUGAAGAUUAUGCUAAUUUAGUUGAUUUAACUAAUUUGGUUGCUGAGUUUGCCAAUAAACAUAUAGAAACGCAAUGGCUUUCUAUGAAAUAUGUUGCUGUUAGGAUUUUGGAACAAUGGGUGAAACUUAAAGAAUAUUUUUUAACAUUUCUUCCAAAACAAAAAAACUUUAGCGCUUUGUUUAAAACAGAUUAGAUACAAAAGAAUUUGUAAAGCUCUGCGCAAUGAUAUUCAGACUCAAGGGUAUUUAGGUUUUUGUGCUUUCUCAGCACAAGAUUUUGAAGCAUUUUUAGUACAAUUUCAAACAGAAUUUCCAAUGAUUCACAUGCUUUAUCCUGCGAUGUGUAAACUAUUAAACUCUUUACUUCAAAAAUUUAUUCUUUCAAAAAAGUUAAAAAAUGAUAAUGGAGAGUUCAAGUCACAGCCUGAAAUUUUAAUGAUUGAUUUCUGCAAAAUCAAAAACCAUAGCAAAUUAAGUUCAAUUGAAUUAGAAACAAAAGUCAAAUUGCUGUUGCAUGGAGCUGCUCUACCUAAUUCAGUAGAUGAAAAAUUUAGGACCGAGUGCAAAGAGCUUUAUAUUGCUUCUGCAUCAUAUUUACAAGAAAACUUACCUUUUGUUUCACUUUUAAAGCAUGCUCAAUUUCUUCAUCCAAAAAAACGUAUUGCUUCAGGUGCAACAAGUGCAAUAUCUAAUUUAAUAUUGAGUCGCUUCAGUUUUAGAAAAACAAUUUAGCCCGGUUUUUCAUCUAAAUGAUAUUUCUUCAACCAAAGAAUCUCUGUGUGAUAAAGUUAGAGAUCAAUGGUUGUCUUAUCAGAAUGAGGUCAUCUUAGAACACUUUUAUAUAAAUUCACAACUACCUACUCCAUGUGUCGCUCAACAGCAAACAUUAUAUUGGUCUUAUGCUUUUAGUACUUGUUAUUUAAAUAAUAUAAGCAAACAAUCCAAAUAUAAGCGAAUAGAUAAUUAUUGGAGUCAAGUGGGCACUAUAUAUGAUGAAGCAGGCAAUUUAAAAUUCCCUCAGCUGCUUGCACUUGUUAAGCGUGUUUUAACUCUUAGUCAUGGCAACAGUUCACCCGAAAGAGAAUUUUCUAUAAAUAAGAACUUUAUAGAAGCUCACAGUACCAACUUAAAAGAAGACACCAUACCACAAGAGGACACCAUUGUUGCAUUGAGAUUAGUUAAAGAUGAACUUAAUCAAGUAGGUGGAGUUAUGAACUUUCCAAUAACAACUAACCUAAUUAAAUGUUGUAAAGAGUCUCAUCAAAGAUAUAAAGUUUAUUUGGCUGAGAAAACUAAAUUAGUAAAGGCUGAAUCAGAAAAAGUAAAGCAAACAGAGUUGCUGACAAAAUCUUUACAACGGCAAAAAACAGAUCUCGAACUUAUUGAAGCAGAUAUAAGGGUAUGCAAAGCUGGCAUCGAGGUUGCAGAAACUGCUAUUGAUAAAGGUAAUGGAAAACUUCAGCAAGCACUACUUAAAGUAAAGUUAGAUAAAACUGUAUGCCAAACUUCACAAGCUAUGAUUGACAUGGGAAUAAAGCGUAAAAGGGAAUUACAAAUAAAUCUUGACAAUUUAGAAAAAAAGAAAAAAUUAGUGAAAUAAUAUUCU